AUGAGAGAGAAGACAGUUGUUACAGAUAUGUUCACUAAACUCCAACCAUUGGAUACCAAGAAGAUACACACCAUAAAAGUAACUCCACGUUCAACCAGGAAGAGGAGUUUGUCAGAUACUCUGAAAUCCAUACAAAGCAUAAAACAAGAGGCUUCCAAUGACAAAAAAGAGAGAGUCAACAUCAAUGAGGAAACGCUUGGUACCAUUAUCAAAUCUAUGGGAGAAACAUCCUCUGUCCAUGGUGUUAGCCGCGUGUUCAGUGGAACUACACGCCGACGCAUGAUGUGGUUUUUGUUCGUUGUAGGCUUUUUCUCAUAUUUUCUGUACCAGCUUUACGUUAUUUUAACACAUUACUACUCGUACCCAAUAAGGACGUCUAUUAAAGUGGAGUCACGCCCACUUUUACUUCCGUCUGUGACUAUAUGCAACACAAAUCCUAUACGAAUGUCCACCAUUCGAGAGUCCGGAACAAGGAUCAUGAAGAAACUGAUGGAUAUUAAUCAGCCUGAUGACGUAAGCAUUUUUUUUAAAGAUACAUCCGGAGAGUCCUAUGAAAUAGAGACAUUGGAAGACUUUCUUCAGAGCAUGCAUAAUAUCAGCGAUACUGUGUAUGACACCGCGUACUUUAAGAUCCGUGAUACACUUAUCGACACUUAUGAUGAUCAUCUUAUCAAUGAAGAGGAAAUACAAGAAGAACUUGAUGAAUUUUAUAUACUCCAACAGAAACUACAACAAGAAUACGAUUCCUUGCCGAGGAGUGAACGAAUUUACAUGGGUCAUGAAAUAGAGAAGAUGCUACUGCAUUGUACUUUCGCUGGACGCGCCUGCAAACGGCCUAAACGUAUGCACGUGUCAAAAGAGUAUGGCAACUGUUACACUUUCGAAUCAUCGUCCUAUGUCGCCACCAGGAGCGGACCGGAAUAUGGUUUUCAGAUGACACUUAAUUUAGAGACCCAUGAAGCCAUUCCUCAUCUAACUUACGGCUAUGGAGCGCGUCUUGUCAUCCAUCAACAUGGGAAUUUUCCACUUCCGGCGGAAGAGGGGAUAACUUUGUCUCCGGGAUACGAAACGUCACUGGGCGUUCGAAUGACCAAAAUAAGCCGAUUAGGGCAACCAUAUGGAACCUGUCUACCGACAGAGUUCUUUGGAAAACAACAGGAUGGAAACCACUCUACAAAUAUCCGGUAUAGUAGCCAGGCAUGCCUGUUAGACUGCAAAGAGACUGAAAUAGCGGCGGUCUGUGGUUGCCUCGAUGGUAAUAUCCACAAUGAGCUACACACUGGAUAUCUUAAUGGAGCUGGACGGUCACCAUACUGUGCUAAGUCUGUCGAUGAUUUCCGUUGCUCCACUGCUGUGACCAAGGAUUUUCUGACUGGGAACAGGGGAUGUAAAUGUCCUAACACGUGCAACGAGACGGUGUAUUCCCGAUUCUUCUCUGGACGUCUCUGGCCAACCGAUGAUUACUUGGACGACUUGGUGGAGCUUGCAUGCAGUAAAUAUAAUACAACUCAGAAGAGAUGUCCUAUCUUUGGUCUCACAAAGGCAAAAUUGAGGACGAACUUCCUGAAGAUAAAUAUUUACUACGAAGACCUUAACUUCCAGUAUUUGAAAGAAGAACCAGAAUAUGAGCUGAUGAACCUGUUGUCCGAUGUUGGAGGAUCACUUGGCCUUUUCCUGGGGGCUUCUGCAUUGACUAUUGGCGAAAUCUUAGAACUGUUUGUAGAACUGGCCUACUUCUUUGUGAAAAAAAGGCGAAACGAUUAA